ACGCCGUUAUCGCCGGUGACGCGCCUGCACAAGACAACAAUGUCUCGACCGACUCUGACGCGCUCUUGUGACGUUCUUGGUUCUAAAAAUGGACACACCAGAGAUCAACGUGCUUCUUCUUGGUGAAGCGGAAUGUGGCAAGUCGACGUUCUUAUCACGUCUCAGCCUGGGCGUACAGCCGUAUAACGACGACCUCCCCCCAUACGCGUUACCUACCCUCCGUGACUCAGACCAACCGUUCGAGUUCGACAUAUCGCUCUACGGGCGUCCCUACAAACUCCGGUUCUUCGAUACCAAGAGCCCCGAGAACUACACUUUGCUGCGUCCGCAAUUCGUGAUACUCUGCUACGACAUAAGUUCGCGCGCCUCGCUCGAGUCGCUCACCAAGUCAUGGCUUCCCAUUGUCAAUGGUCACUACAAUUACGAUGAGAACCUCCCAGUCAUGGUCUUGGGGUUGAAGCGCGAUCUGAGAAAGCAAUGGACGCUGCAAGAAGUUGGCGAAGAUAAGAAAGGCAAGGGGCCAAGUGUCAUGCCACAUGAGGGCGUGCAGGCUGCGCAGCGAAUGCUCUGCGACCACUACGCGGAAUGCAGCGCUUUGACGGGCGAGCUGUGCCGCGAGGUUCUGCAAGACAUUGCAAGGACCUGCGCAAAGACAACGACUGAAGAUGGCGCGAAGGGUGGAGGUGUGCUCUCUGAAUGUGCCAUCAUGUAAAGCCGAUCAGCUGCGUCCUAUCACAGCCAUUGGACAAGCAUCUGCUGCAGCGCAGGUGUGCUGUCAUGCUCAUAGUGAGCGACAAGUACCAGGGUUGCUUUGCAGGACACUUGCGGCAUGAAGUGGCGUGCGAUCUCCAAAUCGCUUGCUGCUAAACAGCACAUGGAGAUCAAUUGUCUGUGCACAAUAAUGUCUGCUCUUGAUACCCCAUCUUCAACAC